GCUUCUGAACUCUGCCUCUGCUGCUUGCAGUGCUGGAACAAGCAAGGCCGGUGGGAAUUGUUCAAGAGAUGGAUUAUGAAGGCAAAAAUCAAUUGGUUAUUAUGAUAACCAAAUAAGGCGUGCUCAGACAAAUGUACCAGUCGUGUCAGCCGAUCUUUUGCGAGAAUUUGUGUGCUUAAUGGAGAUGGAAAAGAAGUUGAAUUUAGUUAUGCUCAAAUGUGGUGUUACAUGAUUUAUUCCGACUCUGGACUGGGAAAUGGUAACACUUUUUAUGUAACAGCUGCCGCUGAAAAUUAGGGCCGAGCCACUUUUAUUUUAAAUGGCUUGCAGUAACCUUUUCUUACAAGAGCUUCAGAAUGACAAUACCAAAAUGCUGUGUUGAGCGUGUCAUGAAUAUUUUGUAUUUCAAGCAUUAAAGGACUUCAGAUAACAGGUAAAUAGAAGUGAAAGGUAAAAAAUAGCAUUCUGAGAGCAGGCACAGAGGAAGGAGAUGAUUCAGCUGGGAGAGGAAGAGCGGGUGCUGCUGGAAGGAACCUGCUCACCGAUGGGUAGGGCUCCGCAUUUGAUUUCAAUAGGAAGAGACAUCUCAUCAUUAUGGAGAAUGCAGGGAGUCAGUUUGUAGCAGGACACCACGGGAGAUGGCCGUGAAGGGGCUGGAGCGACGCGGUGCGUCACGGCGGGUUGAGCUGUAGCGUCCUGCCUGGCUGCGCUGGCGCUGCUCCGGGUGCUGGCUCAGGUUCGCUUUGAAGCGGCUCCUGGCGGCGCUUACAUCUCGCAGAGCAAAGUUACAGAGGGAAUAGUUGGUUUCCGGAGCGCGGGGCAGGCAGAUAGCUCUGAGCAGAGGACGUCGGGGCGGUUAAUCAUUGCGAGAGGUGCGGGGCGCACGGGCCCUUCAGUGGCUUUUUCCUGCUGUGGUGAUUUCACUGAGUCACACUCACCUUUGGUUUUUGUUGGGGAAUGAUGGUGAGAUAAGAAACGUGAGGGUUGGGGAUCGUUCUUUGCUCGCUGACAAUGCAGAGGUUAGCACAACUGAAGAGAGAAGAACGUCAGCAUCAAGAUUGAGUCUUUUUGAGUAAAGAACAUACAAAAUGGCGUCGAUGCUGCUUAGUCGACAGCUGAGCUGCUGUCUGCGGCAGAACUCCAGGCUGCUCACAUUUGGACACAGAUAUAUCAGUCAAGCUGCAGCUAAAAUUGAUGUGGAUUUUGAUUAUGAUGGACCUCUAAUGAAGACAGAAGUUCCUGGACCACGAUCUCGGGAAUUAAUGAAGCAGCUGAAUGGAAUUCAGAAUGCCGAAGCUGUGCACUUCUUCUGCAAUUACGAAGAGAGCCGAGGGAACUACCUCGUAGAUGUCGAUGGCAAUCGCAUGCUGGAUCUCUACUCUCAGAUUUCAUCCAUCCCAAUAGGUUACAGCCAUCCGUCUCUGAUAAAGCUUCUCCAGCAACCUCAGAACCUGAGCACUUUUAUCAACAGACCCGCCCUAGGGAUAUUACCUCCAGAGAACUUUUCAGAAAGACUGAAGGAAUCCUUGUUAUCAGUGGCUCCCAAGGGUCUGCCACAGGUGAUGACCAUGGCUUGUGGAUCCUGCUCAAAUGAAAAUGCAUUUAAAUUAAUAUUUAUGUGGUACAGAAACAAGGAGAGGGGCCGUAAUAAUGUCACAAAAGAGGAGCUGGAAUCGUGCAUGAUUAACCAGCCCCCCGGCUGCCCCGACUACGCCAUGCUCUCCUUCAUGGGUGGCUUCCAUGGAAGGACCUUCGGUUGCUUAGCUACAACUCACACUAAAGCAAUUCACAAACUGGACAUCCCAUCGCUGGACUGGCCUAUUGCUCCAUUUCCAAGACUGAAGUACCCUUUGGAAGACUUUGUGAAAGAGAAUCAACAGGAAGAAGCCCGCUGUUUAGAGGAGGUGGAAGAUCUGAUUGUGAAAUACAGGAAAAAGAAGAAGAUUGUGGCUGGAAUCAUUAUAGAACCAAUACAGUCAGAGGGUGGGGACAACCACGCCUCAGAUGACUUCUUUAGAAAGCUACGAGACAUUGCCAGAAAGCAUGGCUGUGCAUUCUUGGUGGAUGAGGUGCAGACAGGAGGUGGCUGCACAGGAAAAUUCUGGGCACACGAGCACUGGGGCCUGGAUGAUCCAGCUGAUGUGGUAACAUUUAGUAAGAAGAUGAUGACAGGAGGAUUUUUCCACAAAGAGGAGUUCAGGCCAAAUGCUCCCUAUCGGAUUUUUAACACCUGGCUUGGAGAUCCAGCCAAGAACCUUCUGCUUGCUGAAGUCAUUAGGGUUAUUAAAAGAGAAGAUCUUAUAAACAACGCAGCCCAUGCAGGAAAAGCACUACUGACUGGGCUGCUGGAUUUACAGGCUCGCUACCCCCAUCUUAUCAGCAGAGUGAGAGGAAGAGGAACCUUCUGUUCGUUUGACACUCCAAAUGAUGCGACUAGAAACAAGCUAAUUACAAUAGCGAGAAACAAAGGUGUUGUGCUGGGAGGCUGUGGGGACAGGUCGAUCCGCUUUCGUCCGACGCUGAUCUUCAAGGAUCACCACGCGCACCUCUUCCUGAACAUCUUCAGUGACAUCUUAGCAAAUUUCAAGUAAAAAGCAUUCCUCCCACCUGGAACAACUAACUGAUUAUGAAAGUAGUUUGCAUUAAUUCAUGUCUUCUCCACUUACAAGAUAAGUGUAAAGUCAUAAACUGAGGUUUGCGUUCUGUCUGUAAUCCUGCCCAAGGCAAGCUGCUCCAUGCAGGCAGCACAGGCAGAGCCCUGGUACUGCUCCCCAGCAGGUACGCACAGCGGUCCCACGCUGCUCCUGUAGAGGCUGUGGCCCUUCCUCUUUGGGCCGUGUGCACUGCAGAGCCCUCCCUCCCUCUAUGGCCCUGACUGCUUGAUUUGGCUAAAGAGGACCUGGUGCAGUCCACGCUCACAGAUAAUCCCAGCAGCUUUACUUGUGUCCAGAAGCAGCAACAAGUAUGGCCUAACACUUAAGUGCACAUACAAAUGCCUGCUACGCAGAAAGAGCCAUUCUCUGGUGGCAGACAGAAUAAAAAAUGUUAAGGAAAGCUUUGUUUUCCACCACUGCCAAGUACGGUAUUUUACAGAAUAAUUGCCAGCUUCAUUCCCCUGAACACUGGCCUGCCCUACCACCUGCAUCACAGCGCUGCUCUAUGCAGCCGCCAGCCUCCACGUACUGCUUCAGAGGCACUGAUGCUCGCAGCCACGUGUGCGGGGCCAAGUGGAACUGAAGCACUGUCCGUGUCCUGGAGGUUUAAACUUUUGACUUCUCUUACAGUCAGACCUGUACAGAGAAAGCUAUACUGAGAUGUUUCCAAUUAGACAAAGCUUAGAGGAUCAUGCUAAGCACAUUAUUUCCACCUCUGUCAGCGAUCUUAUAUUUAUUGAGGAUUAUUUUACCAUUUGCCCAAAACACACCAUAAUGAUAGCCAUUAAUUUUAGCUAUCACAAGUUCUACUUCAGUAGAAUUUGACUAUUUUGUAAAACUACAGCAGAAUUGCUUGAUCUUAGCCACUGCGCGACAUCAGAGCCCCUGCUGUGUAGACUCAGUCCCAGCUGCACACUGUAAUGCAACGUGUACCUGUUGUUCUAAUAGUUGAAGUCAUUAGUGCUACAGAAGUCUUCUGGAAAGCCACAGAGUCAAAAAACGUCAACACUUUGUUGUGUUACAAUUGUUCUGGACGCUCUUUACUGUGAACUCUUUGCUUAAGGCUGACUUGAAUUAGUUCUGGUGCCUUUUCUGUUCGUUUUCCUGGCUAGCGGGCACCUGACUUUUCCUUACUGAGUUGAACUUCUUUUAUGUUAUGCACCAAAACUAAGGCCCACAUUUCAUACAGUCGCCCUAUUAGCAAUUUUUUAAUUACAUAGCAGUUAAAGGAUUUCUACAUGCUUAACAGCGCUACCAAACUGUGAAAGGUUUCUUAGCUUCUUGCUAAGUUUCAAUCAUGGUUUUCCCAUGGGCUUCUGCUAGCUUAAAAAUAAUGGGAUUUCUAUAAAGUUCUCUGCAGAACCCAGAAUUCUGGUACCAGCUGGGCAGAACCUGAGCAGGUUUUUGAACAGAGGUUGUUGAAAUCUGGAGAAAGGUCUGGUGGACGGGUGUUCAACAAAGCCUCACUGUCAUCACUGUCCUCAUAAGAGUAUUAUCACCAAGAGGAAAGCCAAACCGAGAACCGUGUUCGGCUGCGUUCUGGGAAUCAGGUAGUUCCACAUAUCAGUGCAGUAGUUUUCGUGUCCUAGCAAGUCUUGUACUUUUACAGAAGCAGAGGUCCAGUAAUUUGAAGUCUUACCACAUCUUCACUUUUAUGAUGAAUACUCUAGAUGUUUUUAUAAUUUUUACUGACACUCAGUAACUGUAUAAUUGUGUACAACAUGAGAUCAUGUUAGAGAAUACAUAGAAAGCACUGCAGCUGAAGCAUAUGAAGUUACCAUUGUUUACAGCAUACUGUGGACAGUGCCAAAUAAAUGUUUGAACCAA